AUGAAAUAUAAAAUAUAUUGGCUGGUAAAUUUGCAAUUAUUAUUCUGUGCGUUCUCCCGGUGGGAUGUUGUAUCUGGUCAGAUCAAUUAUUCUGUUCCUGAAGAACUGCAACCAGGAGCCUUUGUUGGGCAAAUCGCAGCCGAUUUAGGUUUAGAAGUGAAGCAGCUGUCGGUUCGAGGUUUACGGAUAGGGUCCGGUCCUGGGAAGCAGUAUUUCGACGUAAAUUUGGAGAAUGGGAUUUUAUUUAUGAAAGAAAUUAUCGACAGAGAACUCCUUUGUGGGUCGAAUCCCGAUUGUCGCUUAUCGUUGGAAGUUGUGCUUGAAAAUCCCCUAAACCUGCACCCGGUGGAAGUGGAGGUCCUGGAUGUAAAUGAUAAUGCUCCUAGUUUCCCGAAAAGACAGCUUCGCCUUGAAAUCAUGGAGCUUGCAGCACCGGGUAUGCGAUUUCCUCUUGAACCCGCGCACGAUCCUGACAUUGGCACAAACUCUUUGCAAACCUACCAGCUAGAACCAAAUGAGUAUUUUACACUGGACGUGCAAAGGCGUAGCGGGAAGGGAAAACGGCCAGUGUUAUUGUUACAGAAGCCUUUGGACAGGGAAACGAUACCAACGCACAAUGUGACGUUAACAGCUAAAGAUGGCGGUUUGCCGCCGAGAUCAGGGACUGCUCUGAUUAUAAUCACAGUGAAGGAUUUUAACGACAAUGCGCCUGUUUUCUCACAGCCGGUUUACAGAAUCAGUCUGUUAGAAUCUGCACCGAAAGGAACCCUGGUGAUCAAAUUGAACGCGACUGACUUGGACGAUGGCCUCAAUGGAGAGAUAUUAUACUCAUUCCGUAGCCAUAUUUCUGCCGCUUCUCGUGAGCUCUUUGACCUGAAUUCCAAAACAGGUGAAAUCAGACUCAAAGGGAACUUGGACUAUGAAAAAAACCGCGCGUUUGAGAUUAACAUACAGGCGAUGGAUAAGGGUUCUGGCGCUGUUCCCGAGUACUGUGAGGUAAUGGUUCACGUUAUCGAUGUGAAUGAUAACGCGCCUGAGGUAAAUUUGCGAUCAUUGCAAGCCACUGUUUCUGAGGAUGCACCACUUGGGACAGUCGUGGCUCUCUUCAGUACAGAAGACCGUGAUUCCGAACAAAAUGGUCAAGUACAAUGUCACAUUCCAAAGCAAUUGCCUUUCAAUUUAGAUUCCUCUAUAAAGAACUAUUACAGAAUUCUUGUGAAAAAUCAAUUGGAUCGCGAAUACACAUCAAAAUACGAUAUUGUUGUAACAUGUACGGAUGCGGGAGACCCUCCAAUCACCUCUAAGAAAACCAUCCGAGUAGAGGUUUCAGAUAUAAAUGACAACGCACCGGCGUUUUCUCGCUCUGUAUACACAGCGAAUGUUAUGGAGAACAACGUGGUUGGGACUUCCAUAUUUGCUAUGACAGCCUUUGAUUCAGAUGUAGGCGAAAAUGCUCAAAUAAUCUUUUCUAUCUUUGAGUCCCUGGUUCAUAAUUCCUCAAUAAGAUCGUAUGUCUCAAUUAAUUCUUCGAGUGGUGUCAUUUAUGCUCAGAGAUCUUUUGACUAUGAACAAUUGCAAAGCUUCCAGAUUCAUGUUCAAGUGCGGGAUUCUGGGGAGCCAGCGCUGAAAGAUAAUGCUUCAGUGAACGUGGUUAUCCUUGAUCAGAAUGAUAAUGCUCCGGUGAUUACACAUCCUUUACCCGAAUACGGGCCAACAGCAAUAGAAACAAUAUCCAGGUUUGCAGAACCUGGAUCCUUGGUUGUAAAGGUAUCGGCAACCGAUGCCGACUCUGGUCAAAAUGCUCGACUCUCUUAUCAAGUUUUUCAGGCCACCCAUUAUAAUCUUUUUACUAUUUCCGCAGACACUGGUGAAGUUUGGACUAUCCGUCGAAUUCUGAACAGGGAUGCCUCUAAUCAAAGGCUGGUGGUGGUCGUAAAGGAUAAUGGAAUCCCAUCACUCUCUGCCACUGUGACUAUAGUAUUAUCUGUUGUUGGAACAAAUAUUGAAUCAUUUCCAAGCGUCAGCAGCUCGUCCUCAGAUCCGAGGUACACACCUGAACUGAGUCUUUCCUUGGUUAUAGCUUUGGGAAUAAUAUCAAGCAUUCUCUUCAUAAUUUUAGUCAUCCUUGCCAUUAAAGUUCAUUUAAACAGGAAUGGCAUGGUCCACGGGCACUAUUCCCUGGGUACUUGUUGUUGUUUUGAAUCAAGAAAUUCUUGGAAUGGAAUUCAGAAGGCCAGUAAAAACCUUCAGAUACAACCGAACUAUGUUGAAGUGUUUGGGGGCGAUCCGCUCUCUCAGAGAUUCCGUUACGAGUCAUGUUCGACAUUGCAGUCUAACAAGAGGGAUUUCGUCGUACCCAACACAUGUAGAACAUCUGCGGACAAGAAUUAUGUGCUUAGCGAAACUAUCGUGAAAGAAAACAAUGAAAUGGUGAAGUCUGAAAAAUACAGUGUGGCCCAGGUGAGGAAAUUUUAA